UAUGAGAAAUUCCAAAAAAACACUUCUCAUAGUAGGUGGUGGUUUUGCAGGCAUGACAAUAAUUACUUAGACUUAUAAGCAGUUCAAUAUAGUUUUAUUAGAUCAAAAAUCAUAUUUUGAAGUAAUUAAACUAUAUAAUUAUAAGUUUGUACCAUCUGUCUUCAAUGCUUUCAUCCAUCCAGAAUCUAUUUUUGAUCUAACCCUACAAUUUAAAUAGAGUAAAUUUGGAGUCCUCUUUAUAUAAGGCAAAUUAGUAUUUAUUAUUAAUAUACAUAUAUAGACUCAUAUUGAAGAUAAUAUAGCAUAUUAUGAAGGAGGCUAAAUUGAAUUUGAUUAUUGUGCUAUUACAAUAGGUUCUAAUUAUACAAAUCCUAUUAAGUCUACAAUUCCUAAACUUUCAGAUAGAUUUAUUGAACUUAAAAAAACUCAACUAAAAAUUAUUGAAUCCUAAACUAUUUUAAUAAUUGGUGGAGGCACUGUUGGAGUAGAAUUAGCUUGUGAAAUCAAAGCUUCUUAUAAAUAGAAAACAGUAGCUCUAAUUACAAAAGGUAAAAUAUUAUCAACCAUGCCUAAAUCUGCUUCAGAAUAUGCUAAAAAAAGAAUGCUAAAUUUAGGAAUCGAAAUUUAAGAAAAUUAUAAAGGACCUUCAUUAGAUUCUAAUUUUGAUUUAGUGUUUAAUUGUAAAGGGAAUAAUUAUGAAAGUGUUCGUCUUAAUGACAAUUAUGAAAUGUUUGAUCCAAAAAAACAAAUCUUAGUUGAUGAUUACUUAAAAAUUAGAACAAAUUAAAAUAUAUAUUGUGCUGGUGACAUUUGCAUAUCUAGUUAAAAUGAAACUAAAACAGCAUUUGCUGCUGAAAUGUAAGGAGAAAUCGUAGCUUACAAUUUAAAACAUCCAAAUAAAUAGAUUAAAUCAUAUUGGAUACCUAACACUUAUAUUAUAUCUUUAGGUGGAUGGAAGGCAGUCUUUGUAUUUGAAACUUUUACUUUUGGUGGUUUUAUACCUUAUUUGAUGAAACUCUUUAUUGAAGUUGUAGUAGUCAAUGAUUUUAGAGGAAUAAUUGGAUUUAAUACUAUUCAUUAGAUCAUGAAUUAUAUUGUUUAUGUGAUGCUCUAUAUCUAUAUGAUUAUGUAAUUGCUAUUUGCUAUUGCUCCUUUGGGAAGUAAAAUUAAAUAAGAUCAAAGAGUUGAAUUAAAAAGAAUUUAAUAAGAAAUUGAAGAAUUCAAAAAACAAUGA